CCCUUAAUUCCAUCCAUUAUAAAAGGGCAGCAAGUGUUCUAGUUCUGAACCACAGCAGAACCCAAAGAUGUCUAAAGCUAGCUUGCUUCUUCUGUUUCUCCUUGGAGUGGUGGUUUUCAUCACCACUCCUUCUCUAGCUGAUGAACCUCCCAAGGGUAAGGGAGGGAAGCCUUUUCCUGGUGAGCACCCUCCAGAACACAAGCCACCAACACACCCCGGAGAGGAACCACCUAAAGGUAAGGGAAAGGAGCCACCACAUGGAGAAAAACCUCCUCACAGACACCUUUUGGGUGAGGAUGGUGAGGACAUACACAAAACUCCAAAAAACUCAGGUUUCAAACCACCCAAGGGUAAGGGAGAAAAGCCUCCCCAUAAGCCUCUACGUGAACAUGAGCUAUCAAGAUUCCAAAAUGGUGAACCACCCAAAAAGCCAUUCCCUGGUGAGAAACCACCAGAACACAAGCCAUUACCGGAAAACAAACCAUCAAAGGGUAAGGGAAAGGAGCCACCACAUGGGGGAAAACCUCCUCACAGACGCCUCUUAAGUGAGGAUGUUGAGGACACACACAAACCGCCAAAAACCCCAGGUUUUAAACCACCCAAGGGUAAGGGAGAAAAGCCUCCACAUGAACAUGAACUAUCAAGAUUCUCAAAUGGUAAACCACCCAAAAAGCCAUUCCCUGGUGAGAAACCACCAGAACACAAGCCAUUACCGGAACACAAACCACCAAAGGGUAAGGGAAAAGAGCCAUCACAUGGAGAAAAACCUCCUCACAGACGCCUCCUAGGUGAGAAUGUUGAGGACAAACACGAGGGACCAAAAUUUCAGAUACCACCCAAGGCUAAGGGAGAAAAGCCUCCAAAAGUGCCACCCCACAAGCCUCCACAAGGCAAUUAGCUAGGGGUGCCUAAAAUUAGAUGAUGAUCAUUCAUCAGCACGAUAGAUGGUACUACUUUAUUGUUCAAAUAAGAGUGCUGAUGUGGAUUUAUCCUUUAUUAUUGGUUUCUAGUUAUAGUACAUUCCAUGUUGGCCGUGCCGUUUGUUGUGUUUGUUCGUGACUUGUUUGAGGCCAUGAGUACGGCUUUAUGCAGAUUUGUAUUUGCUUUUCAGAAAUUUCUGCGCCAUCUCAUCUAUGGUUUGUCUUUUUAUGAAUAUAGACUUAAUUUCUACAUUA